AUGAAAUACUUAGCUGCUUACUUAUUAUUAGUUCAAGGUGGUAACACUUCUCCAUCAUCAAAAGAUAUCUCCUCAUUAUUAUCAUCAGUUAAUGCCGAUGUUGAUGAAUCAAGAGUUGAAUCAUUAUUAAAAGAAUUAGAAGGUAAAACUGUUGAUGAAUUAAUUGCUGAAGGUAACACCAAAUUAGCUUCAGUUCCAUCUGGUGGUGCUGCUGCUCCUUCAGCUGGUGCUUCUGCCGGUGCUGCUGCCGAAGAAGCUGCUGAAGAAGAAGCUGAAGAAGAAAAAGAAGAAUCUGAUGAUGAUAUGGGUUUCGGUUUAUUCGAUUAG